UGUCCAAUUCUGGCGCCGACCUGUUGUUUGGCCUGGGCUAGGCCAGGACGUAUGGACCGGUGAGACUACAUUUCCCAGGGUGCUCCGCGGUGGAACGCGCACCAUUCCCGGCGGCCUUAAAAAGCCAGCUCUACUGGGGGCCGUGGAGGCAGGAAGCCCCUCAACUUGGGUCAGAAUGGAGAAACCCCAGGGGGUUGAUUGGACAGUCAUCAUCUUGACAUGCCAGUACAAGGACAGCGUCCAAGUCUUCCAGAGAGAGCUGGAAGUGCGACAAAAGCGGGAGCAGAUCUCUGCUGGGACGCUGAUAUUGGCUGUGGAGGACCCCGAGACACAAGUGGGCAGCGGAGGAGCCACCCUCAACGCCCUGCUUGUGGCUGCGGAGCACCUGAGCGCCCGGGCAGGCUUCACGGUGGUCACGUCUGAUGUCCUGCAUUCAGCCUGGAUCCUCAUCCUGCACAUGGGCCGAGACUUCCCCUUUGAUGACUGUGGCCGAGCUUUCACCUGCCUCCCUGUGGAGAACCCCCAGGCACCGGUGGAGGCUGUGGUCUGUAACCUGGACUGCUUGCUAGACAUCAUGAGUCACCGGCUGGGCCCAGGCUCCCCACCAGGCGUGUGGGUUUGCAGCACUGACAUGCUGCUCUCUGUUCCUCCAAACCCAGGAAUCAACUGGGAUGACUUCCGGGGUGCUAGAGUAAUUGCCCUUCCAGGGAGUACAGCUUAUGCUCGGAACCAUGGUGUUUUUCUCACAGACACCCAGGGCUUCGUUUUGGACAUUUAUUACCAAGGCACGGAGGCACAGAUACAACAGUGCACCCAGCCUGACGGGCGGGUGCCUCUGGUCUCUGGGAUUGCAUUCUUCUCUGUGGAGACAGCUGAGCACCUCCUGGCUACCCAUGUGAGUCCACCCCUGGAUGCCUGCACCUACAUGGGCUUGGACUCAGGAGCCCGGCCUGUCCAGUUGUCCCUAUUUUUCGACAUUCUGCUCUGCAUGGCUCGGAAUGUGAACAGGCAAGACUUCUUGGCAGGACGGCCCCCUGAAAUGUGCCAGAGAGAUACCUGUGUUGAGGGGUAUCUGCAGGGAGCCCGGGCAGAGCUGUGGAAGGAGCUUCAUGAUCAACCUCUCACUAUUGCAUAUAUCCCUGAUGGCAGCUACAGCUUCAUGACCAACUCAGCCACUGAGUUCCUGCACAACCUUACUUGUCUGGGGGCUCCGGAGCCCCAGGUGGUACACUCCCAGGUGGAGGAGUCAGAGCUUCUGGCGUCGGGGAGCUCUGUGGUCAGCUGCCUGCUGGAGGGCCCCAUCCAUCUGGAGCCUGGGAGUGUUCUGCAGCACUGCCACCUUCAGGGCCCCAUUCACAUUGGUACUGGUUGCUUUGUGAGUGGUCUAGACACAACCCAAUCCGAGGCACUACAAGGCCUGGAGCUGCAUGACCUUGUCCUCCAGGGACACCACGUGAAGCUACGUGAUGCUCCCAGCCGUGCCUUCACCCUUGUUGGCCGUCUGGACAGCUGGGAGAGACAAGGGGUAGGCACAUAUCUCAACAUGUCCUGGAGUGAAUUCUUCCAGAAGACAGGCAUUCGGGACUAUGACCUGUGGGACCCAGAUGUGCCUGCUGCAGACCGCUGCCUACGUACUGCCCGCCUUUUCCCGGUGUUCCACCCCUCAAGGGCUCUGGGACCUAAGGACAUGCUGUGGAUGCUGGGCCCACAGGACAGUGGGGGUGCAGCCCUGCGGGGCUGGCGAGCCUCCUGGCGUUUGUCCUGGGAACAGCUGCAGCCAUGCCUGGACCGAGCAGCUACCCUGGCUUCCCGUCGAAACUUGUUCUUCCGCCAGGCACUGUGUAAGGCACGGCAGGUGCUGGAGGCCCGGCAGGACCUCAGCCUUCGCCCACUGAUCCAGGCUGCUAUCCAUGAGGGCUGUGCUGGGCCCCUGCUGACCACGCUGGACCAGGUUGCAGCCAGUGCGGGGGACCCUGGUGUGGCUGCUCGGUCGCUGGCCUGUGUGGCAGACGUUCUGGGCUGCAUGGCAGAGGGCCUUGGGGGCUUACGGAGUGGGCCUGCUGCCAACCCUGAGUGGCUGCGGCCCUUCUCCCACCUGGAGUGUGGAGACCUGGCGCGGGGUGUGAAGGCACUUGCCCAGGAGCGAGACAAGUGGCUGAGCAGGCCAGCCUUACUAGUCCGAGCUGCCCGCCACUAUGAAGGGGCUGGGCAGAUCCUGAUCCGCCAGGCGGUGAUGUCAGCCCAGCAUUUCAUCUCCAAGGAGCAGGUGGAGCUACCAGUACCAGGGCACUGGGUGGUAGUUAAGUGCCCAGCCCGUGUGGAUUUCUCUGGGGGCUGGAGUGACACACCACCCCUGGCCUAUGAGCUGGGUGGGGCAGUCCUCGGCCUGGCUGUGCGGGUGGAUGGCCGCCAGCCCAUGGGGGCCAGGGCACGCCGCAUCCCAGAGCCUGAGCUGUGGCUAGCAGUGGGUCCUCGGCAGGACAAGAUGACUUUGAAGAUAGUGUGCCGUAGUCUGGAGGACCUGCAGGAUUACUGCCAGCCCCAUGCCCCAGGGGCCCUGCUGAAGGCUGCCUUUAUCUGUGUGGGGAUCGUGAGCAUUUCCUCCAAGCUCCCGCUGCGUGACCAACUACUGUGCACCUUUGGGGCCGGCUUUGAGCUUCACACCUGGUCUGAGCUACCCCACGGCUCUGGCCUCGGCACCAGCAGCAUCCUCGCAGGCGCUGCCCUGGCCGCCUUAUAUCGGGUUGUAGGCCAGGCUGUGGGCACAGAGGCCUUGAUCCACGCAGUGCUGUACCUGGAGCAGGUGCUCACCACAGGAGGUGGCUGGCAGGACCAAGUGGGUGGCUUAAUGCCUGGCAUCAAAGUGGGGCGCUCCCAGGCUCAGCUGCCCCUGAAGGUGGAGGUGGAAGAGAUCACUGUGCCUGAGGGCUUUGUCCAAACGCUCAAUGACCACCUGCUCCUGGUAUAUACUGGCAAGACCCGCCUGGCACGGAACUUGCUGCAGGAUGUGCUGAGGAGCUGGUAUGCCCGCCUGCCUGCCGUAGUGCAAAAUGCCCACAGCCUGGUGCAACACACUGAGAAGUGUGCUGAAGCCUUUCGUCAAGGAAAUCUGCCUAUGCUGGGCCAAUGCCUUACCUUGUACUGGGAACAGAAGAAGCUCAUGGCCCCAGGCUGUGAGCCUCUGGCUGUGCGGCGUAUGAUGGAUGUUCUGGCCCCCCAUGUGCAUGGUCAGAGCCUGGCAGGGGCAGGUGGUGGGGGUUUUCUUUAUCUGCUGACCAAGAAGCCAAAGCAAAAGGAAGCUGUGGAGGCUGUGCUGGCCAAGACUGAGGGUCUCGGGAACUACAGCGUCCACCUGGUAGAAGUGGACACUCAGGGACUGAGCCUGCAGCUGCUGGGGGUUGAAGCCUCACCUUGAAACUCCUGUCAAGCUGUCCUGCAAGGAGAAAAUCUGCAGCUACAAUGGACCUCCUCUUCUUCCCCCAUGGUAAUCUCUCCUCCUUUUCCCAAAGGGGGCUUGACCUGAGCUUGGUGCAGCAGAGAUGAUGUUUGGAGACAGGACUGUGGCCUGGCUGACAGUAGUCUCGGCUUGGUAUCUGCUACAUUUGAACAUAGGAAGAUCCCAACACUCAUUGUCCCAUGUGGCCUUUAUAAAUUCUCCAGUCUAGAUUGGGCACUGGCCUUUACACUUUCCACAAGGGCCUAGAAGGGGAUGAUGGCUAGCUUUAGCAGAUGGCUGGGGUCUUGUGGUAAGGCUGACUCUAAAGAGGCCUUCUUUUGAGGUUAGUUGUUGCCCAAGUACUGACUUCAUGUUCAACACCUCCUCCCAAGCUGACUUGGAGGACAAAGAACAUAUGGGGGCUCAUACCCAAGCUUAUGUGCCAGUGUGGUACUGUAGCAAGUCUCUAACUCAAGCUUUAACCAGAAACACCAUAGACUGUGCCGAGUGACCCAGUGGGCAGUGGCUUCUCAGGACUGUGAUCUUGAAUAAAUUGACUGCAUUCA